AUGGCGAGAACUUCGUCUUUCAGACGUGGGGGGGAUUCGUCGUCUCCUCACACCAGGCCCCCUCUCCCUCCACCGUCCAGUGGGUCUGAACAAUCGGUCGAGACAGAAUGGAAGGAGAUAGGCUGUCACACCGCGAAAUGCGAUAUGUGCAACACACGCAAUGGAACGGGCAUGUCCCGCUGCGAGGGGUGCGGCUGGCAGGCGUGCUACAGAUGUAUUCUUGCGAACGGGUGCAGCCGCACGCACCGGGGAAACGGGCGCGUCCAUACGGGGGCUAUCGACCACACUCUCAUUGCCCGUAUGAGGCGUGGCAGGGUGUCGGUCAAGAGGGAGGGGGGUGACGCCGGGGGCGAGCAGUGCGCCGGUCAGUUGAGGGGAGAGUCGAGAGAACCAACGAAAAUGAAGGGUGAGGAAUCUUCUUCGAAGACAUCAAGCUCCGCGGACGAUGAGAUCCUGAGCGCGGCUCGGAAUUUUUUGGCUUUUAGUAUUGAAGCCGUCGGUUUAGCCAUCCGUGAAGACGGUCUUGACCGAGAACAUUUAGCUGGUGUGGCUGCGCCUCGAGACGAAGAUGUUGCGAAGUUCGUGAAUAUGACUAGUCGAGAAUUGCAUGACUACGCCCAGCAACAAGCCAGUCACGCCCUUCAGGCAUACCUUGAGCGCAGAGCCAGAGAGACGGAUGCUCAGGGGAUUGUCACCUUCUCUAUGGCUCAAGAAAAUGUCGAUGAAGAUACCACCUCAUCGAACAAAGCUCGAAGGGCUGAGAGCAAGCGGGCUGGGAGAUACGAUUCUCAAUUACUUUGA